AUGGCAUCUGCAGUAUUUGUGUUGGAUCUAAAAGGAAAAGUCCUUAUUUCUCGUAAUUAUCGUGGCGACAUUCCAAUGUCGGCUGUAGAAAAAUUUAUGCCUUUGGUAUUAGAGGCUGAGGAAGAACAGCAAGCACCAACACCCUGCUUCACUCAUGAGGGCAUAAAUUAUUUGUACAUACGCCACAAUAAUCUAUACUUGUUAGCCCUAACAAAGAAAAAUUCUAAUGCAACUACGAUUUUACUAUUCCUACAUAAACUGGCCGAGGUCUUUACAGAAUAUUUUAAAGAACUCGAAGAAGAAUCCAUUCGAGAUAAUUUUGUCAUUAUUUACGAGUUACUUGAUGAAAUGAUGGAUUUCGGAUAUCCUCAAACUACCGAAACUAAAAUAUUACAAGAAUAUAUAACUCAAGAAUCACAUAAAUUGGAAAUUCAAGUUAGACCACCAAUGGCAGUAACCAAUGCGGUUUCAUGGCGUUCCGAAGGCAUAAAAUAUCGAAAAAAUGAAGUUUUUUUGGAUGUCAUUGAAUCCGUAAAUUUAUUAGUUAAUGCAAAUGGAAAUGUACUACGUAGUGAAAUUCUUGGGAUAAUUAAGAUGAAAUGUUACUUAAGUGGUAUGCCUGAGUUACGACUUGGGCUAAAUGACAAGGUCAUGUUUGAAAGUACUGGUCGAUCUCCUUCUCGAGGGAAAGCCAUUGAAAUGGAAGAUGUGAAAUUCCAUCAAUGUGUUCGAUUAUCUCGAUUUGAGAAUGAUCGUACCAUUUCAUUUAUACCUCCAGAUGCACUCGUGGAAAGUUAUGCUGGUUCUAGAAUUGAAUAUAUGAUUAAGGCAAAAGCUCAAUUCAAACGACGCUCUACAGCGAACAAUGUUGAAAUAUAUGUUCCUGUACCUGAUGAUGCAGAUACACCAAAAUUCAGGAGUAGUAUUGGUUCUGUUCAUUACGCUCCCGAAAAGUCUUGUCUUGUUUGGAAAAUCAAACAAUUCCAGGGUGGCAAAGAGUUUUUAAUGCGUGCACAUUUCGGACUGCCUUCAGUAAAAAAUGUAGAUGACCCUGAUAAAAAACCACCGAUUGGCGUCAAGUUUGAAAUACCCUAUUUCACCACGUCUGGGAUUCAAGUUCGCUACUUAAAAAUUGUUGAAAAGAGUGGUUAUCAAGCAUUACCUUGGGCUUUCUUUCUCGCAAAUGUUUCUUUAGACCCUGACGUUCCAGAGGCUGAAAUGUCUUCUAAAGUAUCUCACGUAACCCCUGUAACAACAAACAGUUAUAACCUCCCACAACAACCUUCUCACGUUGAUUUUUUGGCUUCCACUCCGUCGAGUAUUACCCGCGUUUUGACUUAUACCUCUCCUCUCGUACACUUGUUCUCAUAUUUUUUAUCCUUGCUCUCAUGGUCAACAAGAAGUUCUUCUGAAUCAUGCUUGCUUGUGGCUGCUUGGUGGACUAUUUGCCUUUACCCCAGAGAAUUAAUAAUUUAUGGUACUCACAUAGGCUUAAUUUCGUGGAUCAGUUGGAGCUGGGUUGAAAAAGGGAAAAGUGAGAGACUAGGAAAGUCUAACUUUACAUUAGCGGCUUCGCAACUAGAUCUAAAUAGAACCGUUCAGGAGAUACACAACAUUUCGGAUAAACUUUCUUCUUUUCAUAAACUUCUCAAUAAUGCGAAUUCUUAUAUCAAUUGGUCAGAUCCUGUACAAACACGGAAGGUGUUGAUGGGUUUAGCUUAUUCAUAUCCUGUAUGGAUUUUAUUCAAUUAUUUUGUAUCGUUAACAUGGACUUUCAUAAUUGUUGGAACAUUUUUCUUGGUGUGGAAUAGUCCGUGGUCCAAAGUUAUCCGAUAUACCCUUAUGCGAUCUCAAUUGUUCAGUAGAAUUGUUAGUUUUGUAUUUGGUUUUCUGUGGUGUGGAGAUUUUCAACAAGAAGGUAGUAAAAACGUUGGCACUAGAAGUUUGCCCGCAGUAAGGGAGCAGCCAAAAAAACUCCCUUUAAAAAAUAUAUCUUUAAAAGAAGACACCAAAACGUCCGAUGAAUAUAACGAACCAGUUAAUGAUAAAGAUACGUUUGAACUUCCUCAGCGUAAAGAAAUGAUAACGCCGGAAGAUCCUAAUACACGAAAGACAAUAGAAUGGGAGUGGGUUGAUCCGGGUUGGUGGAUUGAUUACGGGGGUGCCGUUGAUAAAGAGGGUUGGGAAUAUUUCGAUAAUCGGUGGAAUAAUCCGUCUUCUAAAAGUGCAUUUAGAAGAUAUACUCGUAGGAGAAAAUGGGCUAGAACUGCUAGAAUGAUAGAAACGAUUCAGAAGAUUGAGAAGCCUUUUAAUUCAACAUCCGAACCAGAUGAAAAAAUCGAUCCGAUUGAAAAUACUAAUGACUCAAGUGUUGAUAACAAACUUUCAUCAAAUGACCACAAAGAUGAGGAAUCAAGCAUAUCUGAUCAAUAG